AUGGACGACUAUUCAACAAAAAUAAAGAAUUCAGCUGAACAUUUAAUUCGAAAUGAAUUUCCUGAAAAAGCUCUUGAACUCGAUAAACUUGUUUCGAGUCCAGUUUUAUCAUUUAGUGAAGUAUCGAAAAUUCGUACUGAAAUUCAAUUACCAACAGCUGAUGAUAUUAUAGCACAUUUAAAAAAUAUCAAAAGUACAAAUUUAACUGAUGAUUAUCAUAAUUCUGCAUCAGCAGUUAAUAAUAAUAAUAAUAAUGUUGGUACAGUAAAAAAGCAUAAAACCGAUUCAAAUGAUGCUAUGGAUUCAAAUGAAUCAUCGGCAUAUGAAUUCAAUGGUACGGUUCCAUCAAAUCGACUUAUCUCAAUUCUAGAAGAUAAAUUGAGACCGUACAUUCUUCAUUUUCUCGAUAGUGUUGCUAUUAUUAAAUUAUGGAUACAAUUAAUGAUACCAAAAGUUGAAGAUGGAAAUAAUUUUGGUGUUAGCAUUCAAGAAGAUUCAUUGGCUGAAGUUCGAACAAUAGAAACAGAAGUAACACAAUAUAUUGAUUUAACAUGCAAAUAUUUAAUAUCUCGUGGAGAACUUAUUAAAAAAGUUGUUAAAUAUCCUCAUGUUGAAGAUUAUCAUCGAAGUGUUCAAUCCUUAGAUGAAAAACAAUUUGUUUCAUUACGUUUCAUUGCACUUGAACUUCGAAAUCAUUAUACAAGUGUUCAUGAUCUUUUGAUGAAAAAUUUAGAAAAAAUUAAAACACCAAGAACCAAUCAAAUACAUUCAUUGUAUUAG